AUGUCGUAUACAAUAUCACCAUGUCAACCACCGAGGACGAACGCAGAGAAAAUGUGGCCUUACAUAGAGUAUUACGUAGGGGAAAGAGAUGAAGAACACAGAAAAGAUGGAGACGGAACACACCACUGGUCUGGAGCUGAGUCGCUAGCAACGUACUCUGGUCGUCUUCUGCGGGACACGAUGCAUGGCGUGGGUGAGUACCGCUGUCGUUACCGCGGUGAAGCGCAUCAGGCCGACACCUACGAGGGUAAUUUCUACAAUAACUGCAUGCAUGGCUGCGGUCUUACAUCGUACGCUAAUGGACGAGUGUUCAGUGGUUUAUAUUACAAUAAUAUGCGUUGGGGUCCGGGCGUGGAAACUUACGCCCGUCUACGCGAGAACGUCGGUCUUUGGAGAGGUCUUCAGCUUGUCCGACUUUCAUGGAGACCAGAGACACAUAGUGUCGUCCCUGACCUAAUGUCUACGCCUGAAGGACAUGACAUCGCGGCGAAACAUAGAAAUCUACUAGUGUCGACCAUAAGAACUAUUGGUGAGACAAAUCCCGCCCUGGAGCUAUUGAAACAAUGUGGCGCUCAGCCAUUGUUAGCUGCACAAAACUGGACGAAGCUAUACCCGAAGAACUGUACUGACGAAAAAAGUCAGUUGUUCCAUUCGGACGUUUUUGAGAGGGCGUAUUAUGGCAAUGAAAUUGUUACACUUGAACCAUUCAUUGAUGACACGAAGUCAAAAACACAAAACGAAAGCCAGCAAGCAAGUAAUAGUGUUUUAGGUAACGACCAAGACAUCUUUUACUCUUGGAACAACAAUGAUGUCAUAGUACACAUGAUGCAGCAUUCUUACAAACAUAGCAAACAGUUUACAAAGAGUAAAAUAAAUUUGAGAUCAAUUUUAAAUGGACCUAGGGACUUGUUUAAACCUGCAGCUGAACACGAACUGGAUUGCAGAACUUUCCUAAUGGCAUCCUUUUUGGGUUACAUAAAAAAUGUUGCUCAACUCAUAAAUGAAUACGACGUGAAUCCUAACGUCACAGAUGUGCAAGGAAACUCGGCACUUAUGUAUGCUGCAUGUGGCAACCGAACGGACGUAAUACAUUUCCUAGUUGAAGCCGGGGCUGAAAUAAAUAAUUACAACGAUGCCUGCUGCACUCCACUCGGCGCUGCAUUGAUUAAUUAUGCAUGUGCUGAGCUGGAUAUACAUCCUAGUGAUAUUAUUAAAGCCAUAUUACCAAUUGGUAUUGGAACAACUGGAGUUGCGACAGAAAAAAAUGUAUCAGAAUGGGAAAUCGAUCGAAAUUUUGGGAUUCCAUUUACUUUAAAUAAAAAAGACCUCGAAGCGGGUGCUAAAACAGCGAAAAAUGUACAAGUUCAGGCGGCAAUCAAUAAAAAAUCUAAGUCGUUUCAAUCAAUUGGUUCGAAGGUAUUUAAAAAAAUAGACAUGAUUGCAGCGAGAGAGAGCAAAACUGAUACGCAAAGUAAAUCAAGUGAUUUAUUUGGCGGUGAAAAUCGACUAUACUUAACUAUAAGUCAUGAAUUCGAAACUAUAGUUAAUGAUAUAUUUUUGAAAACUAAUGGGGUAACGCCAGUGAACUACAUUUUUCAAGUUCAUGAUAUGGUAUUAGAAAUUAAUGCUGAACUAGAAGAGCAAAAAAAGAUUCCAGAAAAAAAAGAUUCAAAAAAAGAAAAAGAAAAUGCCAAGGUUGCUAAAGAUGUACUAAAAAAGCCGAGCGGAGAUUUACCCUGUCUGAGUAUAGACCAGAGUUCAUCCAUGAAGUUAAGAAUAAAAAUUAAAACUGAAGAAAUGGAAAAUCUGAAGGCAACCAUCACCCAGCUACUUUUACACGGUGCUGAUCCUCGUCGGGUGAGCUGUCCGCAGCCUGCUCUUUUUAUGGCUAUAGUAGCCCAUGCUCCCGAUCUCAUCGAGACUUUGGUUAAAUAUGGAGCGGACGUAAAUGAGGUUUAUCCCCAGUCUCUAGAAUAUACACCUUUAGACAUCGCAGUAAGCCAACCACUGAAUUACAAGAACUUGGAAGUUAUUCGCACUUUGCUAGAGAUGGGAGCCAACUCAAAUCACAGACUGCCCAUUAAUAAUUCUGAUGUAGACUCGGAUCCAAACGAACCAGGGCCCACAUUACUGCAUGCUGUUCUUGCAAAACAGGUUGAAGAUGAAAGUUACGAAGACGUUCGUCAUCAAUUACUGGAACUGCUUCUUAAAUAUGGCUGCGACCCAACAGCUCAGUUCAAAGGACGUACAUCUAUGGACAUAGCGAUAUCGAAAAGUUUGGAUAUUUUUGAUAUCUUCAUUGAAAGUCCAAACACAGAUUUAAACGCAAUAAUAAACGAGUUAAACCAAAAUAUUCUUGUAAAGAUGUUCUAUUUACCGUUUUGUAGAACUAUUGGCGUCAGCGAGCGUUUACAAAUGUUGACUAAUCUACUCCUGUUUGGUGCUGAUCCUUUACUAAAAUGUCAAAACGCGGAAAAUGUGUAUGACAACCUAUUUGUGUAUGCUAAGUCUACCUUGGCAGAAUUGGAAAAACUUAAACCUGCGUCACCAACUGGCAAACAGGACAAUAAAAAGUCAAAAAAUGAAGUGAAACCCAAGGAAAAAACAAAAAGCGUUGUCGCUAGUUCUACUAAGUCCGUUUUGGGAGCUAAAGCGUUGGGAACAGACGAAGUUGGUGAUUACAAGCAAGCUUUAAGUCUAGUAACGAAUUGUGCAAGACUUCUGAUUAUUCGAUGGAUACAAGCUGAAUUGUUGAAAGAGCUAAUCGUAAUAGUCGAUAGAUUCAAACAUCGACACUGGAACAUGAUUUUGAAAGAAUAUAAAAACUCGAAACGAUUGGGUCUAUGGCUCACACCAACGCGAUGCCUCGAAAUUUGGGAUAUACUUAAAACUACUAAGAAACGAAUAUACAACGACAACAAGGUCUUAAAACACGUACUCUGUAUAGUAAUUUUCUACUUUAAGAAGAUGAAGAAAAGUUUACGCACCGCCGCGAUAUCAUCAGAAGAUAAGACUUCCAUAGAAUCAGAAGUAACCUACUUCGUACGUGAAAAUAAGUUGGUUACUAAAGUUGGGCAGGUUCUAAAAAGGCCUUAUGUAACACCAGAAAUUACUCCCGCCGAUGAGAUAAACAAGUUCAAGGUCUGCUUUGAAUGUGCUAUACCUCUAAAAGACGAAAAAAUACCUUGCAAAAUGUCACCAAAAAAAUUGAAAUUAUCAGUUACUUCAACGGACAGCAAAACAAUUAAUACAGAUAUUGGAGAAUUUAUGAAGAAAUUACAAUCUAAACGCGAGGAUACCGCCAAGUCUAUUUUGGAUUUUAGGUUCAAUAAAAAACGAGUCAGAAUUGUGUCACAAGAGCAGAUGGUCCCUGAUAACUGCCAAGGAGUAGUCUACUGGAUGUCUCGCGACAGCAGAGUCCAAGAUAAUUGGGCAUUUUUAUUCGCACAAAAACUUGCGCUCAAGAACGAAGUCCCAUUGCACGUGUGUUUUUGUUUGAUUGCUAAAUAUUUAGACGCUUCUGUUAGACAGUUUGAUUUCCUUAUAAAAGGUCUCGAGAAAGUAGCGGUAGAUUGCAAAAAAUUAAAUAUAUCAUUCCAUCUGCUAGAAGGCAGUGGAGCAGAGGUUCUACCUCAGUGGGUAGAAGAACAUAACAUAGGAGCUGUUGUCUGUGACUUUAAUCCCUUAAGAGUGCCUUUAGGCUGGCUUGAAGGGUGUAAAAAGAAAUUAAAAAAAGAUGUUCCUCUUAUACAGGUGGAUGCCCAUAACAUAGUUCCAUGCUGGGUUGCUUCUGAGAAGCAGGAAUAUUCUGCAAGAACAAUAAGAAACAAAAUCACCUCCAAACUUGAUGAAUACUUGACAGAAUUUCCCCCUGUUAUUAAGCAUCCUUAUACCAGCAAAUUUGAACCAGAGCCUAUAGAUUGGAAUGAUGCAAUAGAGUCCAGGGAGGCAGAUAAGAAUGUUGGCCCAGUGGCUUGGGCUCGUCCUGGUUAUGAUGAGGCCCUGAAAAUGCUAAAGAGCUUCAUUGACAUGAGACUGAAAGUAUUUGCCACUAAGAGAAAUGAUCCUACUAUAGACGCACUAAGCAAUUUAUCGCCUUGGUUCCAUUUUGGCCAAAUAUCAGUCCAGAGAGUAGCAUUAUGUAUUCAAGAGUACAAGACAAAAUAUACCGAAAGUGUGAAUGCAUUUCUGGAGGAGGCUAUCGUGCGUCGCGAACUGGCUGACAACUUCUGCUUCUAUUGUGAACAUUAUGAUAGCAUAAAAGGUGCCAGUGCAUGGGCACAGAAAACGUUAGAUGACCAUCGAAAGGAUAAAAGAACACAUAUCUACACAUGUGAGCAGCUCGCCAAAGCGGAAACUCACGACGACCUCUGGAACUCUGCUCAGAUACAACUCGUAAAAGAGGGCAAAAUGCACGGAUUUUUACGGAUGUAUUGGGCUAAAAAGAUCUUAGAGUGGACACCUAGUCCCGAGGACGCGCUGAAAUAUGCCAUCUAUCUAAAUGAUCACUUCAGUAUCGAUGGACGGGAUCCCAAUGGAUAUGUAGGUUGUAUGUGGUCGGUCUGCGGUAUACACGACCAGGGCUGGGCGGAACGAUCAGUAUUCGGCAAAAUACGAUACAUGAACUAUGAUGGUUGCAAGCGGAAGUUCGAUAUCAAAAGUUUUAUAGCUAGAUACGGUGGUAAAGUACAUAAAUAUGUACCUAAGAAGUAA